AUGACCAAAGCAAAACGGCGCGUCGGCCAGCCGAAAUCUACGGCGGCGGCGCCCCCCGGAUCAGCGGAACCUAAAGCAUCUUCUUCAGCAACACAGGCACAACCAGAUGUUAUCGAAACAAUUGUCAUCAAAGCCCCGGAACAAAGAAGAUCCCCUUCUCCGGUGCCUGCGAAAUCGGACCUAACGAAGGAAGCAACGAAACCAUGGGUGGAAGUUAUUCAAGGCAACAGGAAUCUUAAUAGGGGAAUGGUUGUUGAGUUCGUAGCACCACAACUCAUCAAUGGCCAAGAGAAGAUUCUCAUCGAUGAUGGCGAUGUGGAGGAUGAAAUUAGGUAUUGGGAAAAUGCGGUUAUCCUCUUUGCUCUGGGGGAAACGCUUUCUAUGCACGCGGUUAAGAGCUUCAUGGAGAAGAAUUGGAAUUUCGUGUCUCUCCCUGAACUAUAUUUCAACGAGGCUGGAUAUUUCAUUGUUAGGUUCAAGGACUCAGAAGACCAGAGCAAAGUUAUGGAGCAAGGCCCUUACUUCAUCUACGGUAAACCUUUAUUCCUAAAAUACUGGACUAUGGAUUUUGAACUGAAAGCAAAUCUUCUUAGAGUCCUACCCUUAUGGAUCACUUUACCGAACCUACCUUUGUACCUUUGGGGGAGGAAAAGUAUCUCCAAGAUUACUAGCGCGUUGGGAAGGCCUAUCACAACUGAUGAAUGCACAACACGCAAAUUGUGUAUCUCUUAUGCCCGGGUUUUAGUGGAAGUAGAUAUCACUAGACCUAUGAAGGAAACCAUCAGUAUUCAGGAUCACAGUGGAAAAGAAUGGGAACAGAAAGUUGAAUAUGAGUGGAGACCUAAAUACUGUCAAACCUGUCUGAAGAUUGGACAUGAUUGCUCAUUGAAGAAACCCACAGAUUCAACACGGAGACGAGUUCGAUGUCUUUUCCACAACGAAGAGAACACCGAGAAACCCGAAGAAAUUCCUCCAGAGCUCAGUGUUAUUGUACACAGAGAUGAUGCGGAGGUGAAUGGUUCAUUGAUUUGA